AUGUUUAAAAAGUUAUAUGAAUUUCCUCCUACACUACCACCUCCUCCAACACCUACACCAGCACUAACACUGGCACCACCUCCGGCACCUGCUCCAACACCUCCUCCCGCACCAGCACCUGCACUCGUUCCAGCACCUCUACCAACACCACCACCAGCUCCUACUCCUCCACUAGCCCCAACACCUGCACCUGCUGCAGCACUUCCUCCUGCACCUGCUCCAACACCUCCACCAACACCACCUCCAGCACCUCCACCACCUCCUACCCCUCCACCAGCCCCAAUACCACCACCAACACUUGCACCCGCUCCAAUACCUCCUCCUACACCUCCGCCAACACCACCUCCAGCACCUCCACCUCCACUAACUCCUACUCCUCCACCAGUACCUCCACCAACACCACCUCCUACACUUCCACCACCACCACCUCCUACUCCUCCACCAGCCCCAGCCCCAGCACCACCACCAACACCACCUCCUGCACCUCCACCACCAGCAGCUCCUACUCCUCCACCAGCCCCAACACCACCACCAACACCAGCACCCGCUCCAACACCUCCACCAACACCACCUCCACCACCCCUAGCACCUCCACCACCACCACCACCAGCUCCUACUCCUCCACCAACCCCAACACCACCACCAACACCUGCACCCCCUCCAGCACCUCCACCAACACCACCUCCAGCACCUCCACCACCCCUAGCACCUCCACCACCACCACCACCAGCUCCUACUCCUCCACCAACCCCACCACCACCACCAACACCUGCACCUCCUCCUGCACCUCCACCAACACCAUUUCCAGCAUCUCCACCACCACCACCACCACCAAUACCUGCACCCACUCCAGCUCCUCCUCCUACACCUCCGCCAACACCACCUCCACCACCCCUAGCACCUGCACCUCCACCUCCACCUCCACCCCCACUAGCUCCUACUCCUCCACCAGCCCCAACACCACCACCAAUACCUGCACCCACUCCAGCACCUCCUCCUGCACCUCCGCCAACACCACCUCCACCACCUCUAGCACCUCCACCUCCACCACCACCAACUCCUACUCCUCCACCAGCCCCAACACCACCACCAAUACCUGCACCUCCGCCAACACCACCUCCACCACUUCCACCACCCCUAACACCUCCACCACCACCAGCUCCUACUCCUCCACCAGCCCCAACACCACCACCAAUACCUGCACCCACUCCAGCACCUCCUCCUGCACCUCCGCCAACACCACCUCCACCACCCCUAACACCUCCACCACCGCUACCACCACCACCAACUCCUACUCCUCCACCAACCCCGACACCACCACCACCACCUACACCCACUCCAGCACCUCCUCCUCCACCACCACCAACACCUCCUCCACCAUCCCUAGCACCACCACUUGCACCUCCACCUCCACCUCCACCCCCACCUGCUCCUACUCCUCCACCACCUCUAACCCCUCCACCUCCACCUCCACCUCCACCACCUCUACCACCUCCAAUUUCAUUCCCAACACCAGAACUUGCACCACCACUACCACCUCCUCCCCAACCACCACCACCAUGUGCACCACCCCAACCCCCACCCAUCCCAAAACAAUCAACAUGGCGACCACUCUUUUGA